CUUAAAAGACAAUUCAUCUCCAUUACAAGUUGACAUUGGACCAAUACAUUUUGACAUCAUGGCAAGACUCAAGAUCCUAACCUUUACUGUGAUGUUAUUCGUCCCGGCUUGGACUUUGGGUGUGGACUCCAAGAUGGUUCAUCUUCGUCAGCCUGGUCUCAAUUUCUCUGUACCCUUAGACAUGGUCCCUAACUCUGUUGACGACAAGUACAAACACUGCACUGAAAAAAUGUACAAGAAGGUGCAGGAGGAAUAUCUUCCAAAUGAAAACUCCACUGAGGGGAUCUUCAAACAAGCCUGGAUGAAGGCAGAAGGAUGUGCAACUAUUGAGAAAGUGAAGAAACGAUUCCAAAAGGACAAGUCCAAGUACAAUCCUAAAGAACUUACACAUGAUCAUAUCAAGGCUAUCUGUGCUUACUCAGCAGAGGUACCUGAGAUAUACCCAGUGUUCAACCAAGCAGUCCGGACCAGUAGAACAGAGUACACCACCUCCUUCCCCUUCCACUCCCUUCAUUUCCUUCUGACUGACGCCAUUCGCCUCCUGAAACUGAACCAAAAGUCCUGUCACACCACGUAUCGAAGAACCAACAUGGAGUUUGUUAGUAAAGUUAACAAAGUAAUCAGAUUUGGCUUCUUUGCCUCCAGCUCUCUCGACAAGGGAAUUAGUACAAGAUUUGGAGAUAAGUCUUGCUUUGAGAUAAAGACAUGUUUUGGCGCUGACCUGAAGUCCUUCCCCAAACUGGGGAAUCAUGAAAAGGAGGUGUUGAUUCCACCGUAUGAAGUGUUCAGAGUUACUGCCGUGCUGAAGAAAGAGAAUUAUAAAAACCUUUGGUGCAAUGUUGUGUACACACUAAAGAGUAUCCCCAAGCCCCGGAGUAACCUGAAUUGCAAACUGUUUAGGUAA